UAUCCAAUUAUGUUCGCGUCUUUGCAGUGUAAUAUGAAUAGAUGGAAAUUAAGCUUACUCUUGAAUUGUACAUUUAAAUCGAAGUGAAACAGUUCAGGACCCAAUGGCCGAAGUAAAGGUUUCAUCGAAGCAAAGUAUUAGAAAUCAAUAUCUCGCCGCGUUCACAGUGAGCCUAUACCCAACGGCCUUUGGCAUUUCGUACGGUUGGGCGAGUCCAAGUACCUUACUUUUAACUUCGGAUGAUUCACCGUUACCAUCCGGGAAAAUAGAUAUCGAUGAAGCAUCGUGGGUGGUAUCACUUGCUUGCCUUGGUGGCUUAGUCGGGAAUAUCAUUUUUGGAUUUGCUACAUCAACCUUUGGUCGGAAGAAACCUUUAAUUUUCUUGGCCAUACCGUCAAUUAUUAGCUGGCUGCUGAUUUGGUUUGCUCAAAAUGUUUACUACUUGUAUGCAGCGCGAUUUCUGAAUGGAAUGACCGGUGGUGGCAUGUACAUUCUCAUUCCAUUGUUCUUAAUUGAGAUUGCUAAUGAUCGGGUUCGAGGUACGUUAGGAAGUCUUGUUAUAUUGACGACCAAUUUGGGACUUUUAUUGUCGUUCAUUCUGGGAGAAUUCUGCGAUUACAACACAACACCCAAAGUCACAAUCGUGUUGAUCAUUAUCUAUGCUAUUCUAUUCAGCAUAUUCCCCGAGUCACCAUCAGCCCUGAUGAAACAGAACAAGAUAACAGAAGCGGAGAAAUCGAUUCGAUUCUAUCAACGAAUACCCGAGUCAGACAAAGACGAGUCACUUCAAUUCGAAAUGAAUAAACUGAGAACAACUAUCGGAUGCGACAAGAUUGAAGAAAAUUCAUUCAAUUGGUCCGAUUUGACGAAGAAUCCGGGGCGAAGAGCUUUCAUAAUGGGAGUUGGCCUGGCCAUUUUAUAUGAAUUUUGCGGUGUUAUUGCGAUGUUAAACUAUAGCGCCAUCAUUUUCCAAGAGACGGGUUCUAGUAUGUCGCCCAAUAUGUCGGCAAUUGUGAUUGGAUCAAUUCAACUUGUGGGGAGUAUUGUGACUACGAACUUAGUUGAUCGUGCUGGUCGAAAGGUGUUAUACGUGGUGUCAACAACUGGAACGGCUUUCGGUCAGAUAAUCUUGGCUUCAUAUAUGAUGCUCAAAUCUAUGGGAUACAAUGUAGAAGCCUACAAUUUCGUGCCAAUUACCUGCUUUUCACUCGUGCUGUUCCUUGCUGCUUGGGGCAUUCUAACACUACCAUUUCUGGUAAUUGCCGAAACGAUGCCUGAAAAUCUGAAAGAUUUGCUCACAUCAUUUUGUGUGGCUUUGAUUUGGGCCCUUGAAUUUGCUCUCAUCAAAUUUCUACCGUUUUUGAACGAGAUUCUCGGUUUUCAUGGCAGCCUCUUUCUGUUUGCCGGAAUUUGCCUAAUUGGCACCGUUCUGAUCAUUUUGUUUGUGCCCGAGACGAAAGGGAAGAGCUAUGAGGAAAUUAUGAAAAUGCUUCAGUGAAUGUGAAGCACUCAUCGUAC